AAGCGGUUUCUUUUAUCCGCCAUUUUUCUCUCUCUAUAAUUUCAUCUUCAUGCCGGCGCCUUCAAAAACCUAUACCAUCUCCCUUCGUUCUGAAUCAAAUUCAAGCUGUUCGUUUUUGUGAAUCUCUCGGAUUUCGUCUCUGGAUCUGUGGAUGAUGUCUGGAACUAUCAAGUUCUGAUGGUUCUUUAUUUCAUUGGUGAUUUCUUCUGAUAAUCUGAAGUUCUGUUUAAACAUCUAUAGAGAAUGGAUCGGUGUGAUACUUCUGGAUUUGUUAGUGGGGGUAGGUUGUUUUCUUUCCUGGACCUCUAACCCUAGUUAGUUCUGUUUCAAGUUUUGGUCAAACCCGGAAGUCAGGCAGGCUGUUCUUUUGGUAGAAGCUAAUAAGGGUGUUGCUUUGUCACUAUCGGUUAUGGAUAUCAAACUGCAGGAUUCAGCUUUUGUUGCAAACUCUUCCCAAAAUGCAUUCAAGAAUCUGGGCAAUUCUGUUCAUUUAGAACCUAAACCAUCUGAUUCAUUAGAUUGUUCACUUCCGUUCUUCAUUUCUUCAAGGGGUAUGAAACGGAAGAGAAACUUGAUUGAUGCAGGCCAUAAUGUAGGACUGUUUCUUGGACUUGGACAGUCUUCUGGCUCUUCAACAAUAUCCUCUACUUUGUCUUGGGCGAAAGAAAGUGACGUGAAGUCUUCAAUGGAGCUUGAUCUCAAUUUCUCCCUACAUCUAGGCAACAACAACAACAAGGAGAAAUUAUCCAAUCCAAAGACAUUUCCUAGCUAUUUGCAGCCAAAGGUUGAUCUCAUGUUAAGCAUGUCCACUGGACCAUCUGAAUCUGAUGUUAGUGCAGUCCAUACGAGCUCUUCACCCAUCGAAAGUUCAAUGAGGAUCUCACAACUAGUUACAAAACCGAAAAGAUCAGUCACCUGUACUUCCGGGAUCUCACAAUCGAAAGUAUCAAACGAGACACGUAGUAUAAGUAGUAAUAGUAGUACUAAAGCAUGUAAGUUCGAGGGAUGUGGAAAGGGGGCAAGAGGCGCUUCCGGUCUUUGCAUCGCACAUGGAGGCGGUCGCAGAUGUCAGAAACUCGGUUGUCUUAAGGGAGCAGAGGGUAGAACUGUUUUUUGCAAAGCCCAUGGAGGCGGCAGGAGAUGUGAGUACCUCGGAUGCACCAAGAGCGCUGAGGGCCGAACUGAUUUCUGCAUUGCCCACGGUGGUGGGCGGAGGUGUAACCGCGACAACUGCUCUCGAGCUGCCCGAGGCAAGUCGGGGUUCUGCAUUCGCCACGGAGGCGGAAAGAGAUGCCGAGAGGAGAACUGCACGAAGAGUGCGGAAGGACUCUCGGGUCUCUGCAUAUCGCACGGGGGAGGCCGUCGUUGCCAGUUCUCCGACUGCACGAAAGGAGCUCAGGGCAGCACGAUGUUUUGCAAGGCGCAUGGGGGAGGGAAGAGGUGUACGUUUUUUGGGUGUAAUAAAGGGGCCGAAGGUAGUACCCCGUUUUGCAAAGGACACGGUGGUGGGAAAAGAUGUAGUUUUCGAUGGGGGGAUGUUUGUUGUCCGAAGAGUGUUCACGGGGGUACGCUAUUAUGCGUGGCUCAUGGAGGUGGUAAGAGGUGUGCGGUAGUCGAGUGUACUAAGAGUGCGCGUGGUCGGACAGAUUAUUGCGUUCGACACGGUGGAGGGAAGCGGUGCCAAUCCGAAGGGUGUGGGAAGAGUGCUCAGGGUAGUACUGAUUUCUGUAAGGCUCAUGGUGGCGGUAAGAGGUGUUGCUGGGGGGAGGUUGGUUCGGGACUUUGUAACUCGUAUGCUAGGAAUAAGGGUGGGCUUUGUGGGGCUCACGCUGGUUUGGUCCAUGACAAACGGGUUCAUGGCAGUGGUGGGAGCCUCGAUUCUAUCAUGGUUCACAAUUCGAAGGCCCAAUGGAUGGGGGUUAAGAGUUGUGGUGUGUUGGUUCCGGAAGGAAGGGUGCAUGGGGGGAGCCUAAUGGCUUUGCUUUCGGGAAGUGGUUCCCAUAUUAAUAUGGAGAAGAAAGUUAGCUCACUCAAUUGAAUAAUUAAUUGGUAUAUAUAGUUUUGGGGGUAUAUUUAUGUAGAAAUAAGGGAUUAAUUAUGUGUGUUAUUGAAAUUGUAAACUUCAUUAUUAUUCAUGUCCAAUAUUUCUUUGUAUAUAAACAAUUAUGCAUGGUUGUUGUGUUUGCUUAG